AUGAUGAGAAGUAAACAACUUGGUAAUCCAACAGAGCAAGGAUUACUGAGUCAGGGCGAGGGUAGUUAUGGGGAUAUGCACAAGAACACGGAACGUUUUGGUGCUGGUGCAAGACGUGCGAACUGCGGUCAGAGACGUCGUACGGGUACGGAAAGCGAUGCGAAUGAUGCAGCAGUCGAUGAGAUAACGGAGAAAACGAGAACGCAGUUGACGAUUCAGGAUGAAAAAUUAUCAGUUAAAGCUGAUAAAAUGAACAGUCGAGAUCUGGAGAGUGAUGAAAAGACAUUGAUUGAAAAAGGUGAUAAAGACUUGAGUGAUAAACAAAGCAAUAUCUACCAGAGUUGUGGUGGUGAUAAAGCAAAAGGGGACGGAAAAUCUAAUUAA